GGCAGAGCUCAGUCUGAGGAUCAGCUGAUCGCUGAGCAUCAUGUCCGCGUACAGCAGAGAGAUCCUGCUGGCCACCAGCUUCCUGUGCAGCAGCAACGGAGCCAUGCAGCUGCUGCAGCUGCACCGGAAGCUGCUGCAGCGCUGCAGCAUCACCGAAGAAGAGUUCUGCUUCAUCAUCCAGCGAUGCCCCCGCUUCCUGCUGGUCCGCGGCCUGGCGGGGGGCGACGGGGAGCGGCUGGAGGACUGCUUGGUGGUCGCCAAAACCUCCCUGCGGCUGUGCAGCGGGUACGGCCGGGAGGAGUGCGGCGGGCCCGGCCGGGACGGGGGCGACUGUCAGCAGCUGCACCUUUGCAAGUUCUUCAUCUAUGGAAACUGCAGGUUCGGCAAGGGCAGGAAGUCGUGUAAAUUCUCCCACGACAUUCAUUCAGAUCACAACUACCAGUUACUGAGAGAGCUGACACUUCACGAGCUCAGCGAAGACGACCUGUUCCUGCUGCUGCUGCAGAACGACCCCACGCUGCUGCCAGAGGUGUGUUCGCACUAUAACAAAGGCUCUGGUCCUCACGGUUCCUGCAGCUUCCAAGACAAAUGCACCAAAGUUCACCUGUGUCAGCACUUCGUUCAAGGCGACUGCAUGUUCGGACUCAAGUGUAAACGGCAGCACGCCGUCGACCAGCAUGGCCGCCGCAUGCUGGAGGAGAGAGGACUGAGCGGAGGCGUCAUCCAGGAGAUCUACAGGAACAUCCACCACCUCAGUGCUGCCGCCUCCACGGACGACAGGAACACACCUGCAGAUGGUGCACUAAAGAAGCUUCCUGAUUCAGACGACCGGAGCAGCAUCUGUCUGCACUUCAUCAGGAACAGCUGCAAGUUCCAGAACGAGUGCCACCGUGUUCACUUCCACCUGCCCUACAAGUGGGAGGUGUUUGAUGGCCUCACCUGGACGGAUCUGCAGCACAUGGAGGACAUCGAGCGAGAUUUCUGUGACCCGUCUAAGACGCAGAGCUGCAGCGAUCAGCCCGUUGACUUCCUGACGAUGAGUCGGGAGUCGCUGCCUGUUCGACGUCUCUCGACGGUUUCCUCAGUAACAAAGCCGCCUCACUACAUCCUGACAACUCAGUGGCUUUGGUACUAUAAGGGGGACCGGGGGAACUGGAUGGAGUACGGACAGCUGGAUGAAAACCAGCGGAGCACCUCGGUGACGUCACGGACUCUGGAGGAGGCGUUUCUGUCUGGCAGAACAGCUGUGAGAGUGGUGAAAGGCCAACGACAGUACGUCCUCAGCUUCACAGAUAUGUACCAGAGGAACCCCAAACACAACACCAAGAGGCGAGUUCGCCGUCGCCCACGCUUCGUCUCUGUGGCCGAGGUGGAGAAACAGGCUGUCCAGUAGAGAAACCGGGACCUGGUCCUGCCGGUACGGACCGGACUGGACCGGACUGAGUGCCUUAUCUCGGUUUAACACUUCUGUAUUUUUCCUCUGUUUCCUUCAGUUCACUCCUCUGACUUCCAUCCUUAAAAUUGACAUGGACGAGUCUGUUGCUGUAGAUUUUGAUGGAUUCACACACACACACACACACACACACACACACACACACACAUAUAUAUAGAUCACAUGACUUUUAUGCUACCAAAAUGCUCAUUAUGCUAAUAUUAGCAUCCUGGUUCCCUCAUGUUGGCAAGCUUCAAUGAUUACAUGAAUCAUAAUGUGCCAAGAUAUUAAUACAUGCUAGCAUAAUAACAUGGUGACUGUUUUUGUUUACCUGGGGGGGUUUAGCUAAUCUUAACAUGCUAACAUGUUAUACAGAGUGUAGAUGGAAUCAGAGACAGGUGUCAGGUUUUCCUCUCCAGGUGUGUUCAUGAGGGAUCUGUUGAGGGAUCUGUUGGGUCUCUGUAGAUUACGUGUUUGUACCUGCUCUGUAUGGAAAGUGUCCUGAGACAGCUUCGCUUGUGAUUUGGCGCUAUAGAAAUAAAACUGACUGUCGAGCUUC